AUGUCACAGGCUCCUAAUACCGUUGUAAUGAAAUCUCAAGGACUCGACGCGGUCCCACAAGACGCUUUUAGGCAAUACCGCACCUUGAAAAUGCUAGACUUGAGUCUUAAUAACAUCAGAGAACUUGACUUGAAUUUCGGGAAGUUCACUGCACUGACACUAGUCCGGUUCAGAGGGAACUUACUCUCGAAGGUUCCCGAGGUGCUUUUAAGUCUUCAGAAUCUGAAGACUCUUGAUUUGUCGAACAACUCGAUUUCCAUAGUGCCGAGUCGAAUAGGUGAGAUGAGCAAUUUACAGGAGAUCAUUCUAGGGCAGAACAAAAUCGAGAGUCUUCCCGAUGAGAUGUCGAAGAUGACGAGUUUGGUCAAUAUGACAAUCACUGCAAAUCGCCUGAAAGACCUUCCAAGUAGUCUCUCGACACUGACCAAACUGACAUUUGUCGACUUAUGUAAUAACAAGUUCACUCAAUUUCCGGGGGUCUUAGGGAAACUGUAUUCGAUCAAAACGCUGUGGCUGUGUUACAACUAUUUGUCUGAGUUAAAUGGGAUAGGCGGGAUGAGGAAUUUGAACCAACUGAAACUCCUCCACAACAACUUCACGCACAUUCCAAAGGAGGUUUUGACGCUCACCCAGUUGUAUUCGAUUGAAUUUGGCGAUAACUUGAUCCAAACGAUUCCAACGGAAAUAUCAAAUUUGACGAAUUUGAAAUCCAUUGCGUUCACGGACUGUUUGCUGAAGGACAUUCCAGAGGAAAUCACCCAUUUGACAAAUUUGAACUCACUUGUCAUCGUCCGCAGUCGUCUCACGAAAUUCCCAAAGUUCCUCAGGAAACUCCCGAACUUGUACGACAUCAUGAUAACAGACUCUAUGAUGCCCAAGGCUGAAUUCACCGUGGACAACUGCGAAUUGAUGUUUGAAAGAAAUCGAUUGGAAGCGUUGAACUGCACAGCUAACGACUCCGUCGCUUCUCUCAAAUUGAAAGACAACUUCUUGCAGAGAGUGCCAAAUACAGCUGAUUUGAAAACUAUUGCCGAGUUGGACUUAACAAACAACGUCAUUUACAACGUCGAACAAAAUAGACUCCACCAAGACUUAAAAUCACUCAACUUGGCUUCUAACAGAAUUUCUGUCUUCCCAGAAAAGGGAAUUAAUUAUUCCCAUUUACUCAAAUUGAAUUUAAGUAACAACGCCCUCAGCCAACUCCCAAGUUCCCUUUUUCAGUACAUCCCCCAUUUACAACACCUCCAACUCGCUUUAAAUAAUCUCGUAACUUUGCCAACUUCACUCACACAGUUAAACGGGUUACUCGAGUUGAAUAUCUCUCAUAACAAAUUCGCAGAGUUCCCUCAAGACAUUUUGAAGCUCAAGAAGUUGACGAACCUUUUUGCUACGUGUAACUAUAUCUCUGACCUUCCAAAGAACCUUAGUCUAUUGGAAAAUCUAGUGGUACUGGACUUGGGGUGCAACAACCUGAUUUCGGCAGACCAAGUCGUCCAACUUUCUAACGUGAAGUCAUUGUCACUUGCGUUCAACCGGAAUUUGACGAUCCCAAGCAACUUGUCGUUACUUCAAAAAUUGGAGGAUGUCAGUUUUACAGGGACUGUGCCGUGUGUCCAAUACCCUUUAGAAAUCGUAUCAGUGAAGAAGAUGAAGAUCUUUGAGAUCUCCUAUGUUAACACCGAGAAGCGCGACAGAAACCGUCCACAAACAAUCAUUCACACGCCAUUACUCUUCCUUGAAAACGCCUAUUGUAACCAACUCAAGCUUCCCCUUUCGGCGCCACAAUUCGAAGAGAAUUCGUGUGAAUGUCCUGUCGAGAUGGGGACGACCAAUAUGUGUGGGCGGCGUGACUCGAUGCAAGACACUUUAGUAGCCAUCACCAACUUUUUAGGUGUUGGCUUUCACUACAUGUCGAUCUUUGAUGGCCAUUCAGGAACAGAUUGUUCCCGAUUUUGCGCCUCACAGUUCCCAGAGUGCUUUGCGAGUAUCUUAGGGAAGAACACUCAGACGUCUAUAGAGGAUGGGCUAUCAAAUACGUUCCUUGAGAUUAAUACGCGAAUAACAAAUUCCAAAUUCAAAGACGGGAGUGCCGCGAAUGUAGUGUUAGUCACCCCACAGAAGUACUUUGUGGCGAACGCUGGAGACUCGAGAUGUCUGAUAGUUCGUCGGCGGUCGUUAGUUGUAGUGAAUGAAGACCACACGAUUUCGAACCCGGACGAACUCCACCGAAUUCGCGAGGCGGACGGGUUCAUCGAUCACAAUAAAGUGAACGGGGAAGUUGUCUUGACACGGACACUUGGAGAUUUGACGUGUUCUUCUGUAUGUGUGUGUCAACCACAAAUCAGUUGUGUUGAGAGGGGUGUUGAUGAUGUGUGUGUCGUGUUAUGUUGUGACGGGGUGUUUGACAUUUUGUCGAAUGAAGUAGUUGGUGAUAUCUGUCGAAGAAUGAGUAAUGAGGCUGCUUGGGUGAUUGCGUCAUCUAUUCGAGAUAUAGCAUACAACAAUGGAUGUGGUGAUAAUAUUUCUGUGAUUGUUUGCAAGCUCAUGUCAUAG